AUGGUUAUUGAGCUUUUCAAGGAUAAGGAGGGAUUUACCACCAAAAUCAGGGCACAUAUGGAGCCAGAAUUGCAAAGAAAAGUAAUAGCUUGCAUGCGCAGAAACGCUGACGUAUUCGCGUUCACUACGGCGGACCUGAAAGGAAUCGACAGAGAGCUAGCCGAGCAUCGUUUGAACGUGGAUCCCACGAUCAAGCCAGUCAAGCAAAAGACGAGACACUUCGGUACUGAAAAGGAUGCUGCUAUUCGAGAGCAGAUACAGGCGUUAUUAGAAGCGGGACAUAUCAUAGAGGUGCAAUACCCGGACUGGGUGUCAAACGCUGUCAUGGUGGAAAAGAAGGCUAAGACUUGGAGGAUGUGUGUGGACUACCGGGACCUCAAUGCAGCCUGUCCAAAGGAUUGUUACCCAUUGCCACGGAUUGACCAGUUAGUAGACGCAACGUCAGGAUGCGAACUUUUGUCAAUGAUGGAUGCUUACCAAGGAUACCAUCAGGUUAAGAUGUACAGGAACGAUGUUAUUAAAACAGCAUUCGCAGUCUGCGCAGGGAUCUUCGCAUAUGUGAGUAUGCCAUUUGGACUAAAAAACGCUGGGGCUACUUACCAGAGAAUGAUGGACAGAAUCUUCAAAGAUCAAUUGAAAGAGAAUGUGUCGGUCUAUGUAGAUGACAUGCUGGUACGCAGCACUGAAGCACGCACACAUGCGGACGACUUGGAGGAAAUCUUCUCGGUGAUACGAAGACACAAGCUCAUGCUCAAUCCGGCUAAAUGUACUUUCGGGGUGCAGUCGGGAAAAUUCCUGGGAUACAAGGUUACGCCCGAGGGGAUAGAAGUGAAUGCAGACAAAGUUAGAGCUAUUAUUGACAUGACGGCGCCGCGGAACGUCAAAGAGAUACAAACACUGAACGGACGAAUAACUGCACUAAGUCGGUUCAUAUCGAGGUCAGCAGAAAGAAGUCUGCCCUUCUUCAAAAUUUUGAGAAAGGAAAGUCGAUUCGAGUGGAGUAGCGAGUGCCAGCAAGCCUUCGAGGACCUCAAGGAAUAUCUCAACGGACUACCCGUCUUGACCAAACCGAUACCAGGGGAGCCACUAUAUCUAUACACUUCGGUGGGGAUAGAAUCUUUGAGCGCUGUGCUAGUGCGGGAGGAAGGGGGUACGCAGAAGCCAGUUUAUUUCGUGAGCAAAAUCAUCCAAGGAGCGGAGAUCAGAUACACCGCAGUAGAGAAAACAGCUUAUGCUAUCAUGAUCACGGCAAGAAAGUUGCGCCCAUACUUCUUGUCACACAAAGUUAUCGUCAGAACAGCGCUGCCUUUUCAACAAAUCCUGGGGAGACCAGACCUCACAGGAAGAAUGGUAAAAUGGGCCAUUGAGCUGGGCGAAUAUGACGUGGCGUUCGAACCGCGUACAACCAUUAAAGCACAGGCCCUAGCUGACUUCAUUCAAGAGACCACGAGAUGGCCGUUGCGAGGACCAUGGACGGCGCAGGUCGACGGUUCUGUCACCAAAGAGGGGUGUGGAGUCGGAAUAUACAUUGAAUCGCCAGAGGAUGGAACCUACCAGUUUGCGAUCAAGUUUGAGGACAAGCUGUCAAAUAACGAGGCAGAAUACGAGGCAGUGAUAAGGGCUGCCCAUAUCUUGAAGGAGCUCAGAGCAGACACAGCAAUAAUCAAGACCGAUUCGCAACUGGUAGCCCAGCAGUUGAGAGGCGAAUGUGAGGUUCGCGAUGACAGAAUGCGAGCUUAUUAUGAUCGGAUGCAGCAGCUCAAGGAAAAGUUUGAUGAAUUGAAAAUAAUACAAGUACCCCGGGAAGAAAAUCGAAGGGCUGACUUGCUAGCAAGGAUGGCCAGCGCCGUUGAACAAUCAUGGAAUGACGAAAUCACACUCUUGUUUGAACCAAAGAAGAGCCCAGGGAUUCAAGUCUGCGCCGUCGAAGUGGGGGAUGAUUGGCGAGUCCCAAUUAUUCAUUUCUUACGUACGGGAGAAAGAAUGGAGGGAGACACAGCAAAAUACGCUAGAUAUGAAAAUUUCUGUUUGAUCAGCAACCAGCUUUAUAAGAGAUCUUUCACGAACCCGUUCCUUAAGUGCUUAUCAGCGGAGGAGGCAGAAUUCGCUCUAAAGGAAAUCCAUCAGGGAUGCUGUGGAAACCAUGCAGGAUACAAAGACCUGACCAGAAAAAUCAUCAGAGCAGGCUUUUACUAUCCUGGCAUCGACAGGGAUACCAAAGCUUAUGUAAAGAAGUGCGAAUCUUGCCAAAGACAUGCGCCAAGGAUUAACGUCCCGGGGGAAGAAAUGGGGGUGAUGUACUCGGCGUAUCCUUUCGACAAAUGGGGAAUUGAUAUCGUGGGUAAACUGCCAACGGCGCCGGGAGGAAAAUGUUUCUUGAUAGUGGCAGUAGACUAUUUCUCGAAAUGGGUGGAGGCAGAGGCUGUAACAAGGGUGGAUGAGACCACCGUCGAAAAGUUCAUCUGGAAAAACAUCUGUUGCAGAUACGGGGUGCCCAGAGUUCUAAUAUCAGAUAAUGGAGCACAAUUCACUAGUCAAAGAAUCGAGGAUUUUUGUUCAAGGAUGGACAUCGAGCAGAGAUUCGUCUCAGUAGCCCAUCCCCAAGCCAAUGGUCAAGUCGAGCUGGCUAACCGCACUAUCUGUGAGGGAAUCAAGAAAAGAUUAGAAAGAAGCAGAGGACGAUGGGCAGAGGAAUUGGACACGGUCUUGUGGGCGCUGCGUACCAGUCCCAAAACAGCCACAGGAGAAGCCCCGUUCACUUUGGAUUAUGGCUCAAAUGCGGUCAUUCCAGCAGAUGUAAGGUUAGAAUCACAUCGAAUUUGUACAUAUGAUCCGGCGCAGAAUGAAGAACUGCGCAGGCUUGAGCUGGACCUCAUAGAUCUAAAGCGAGAAGAAGCCCAGGUCAAGGCUGCCAAGUACAAAAGCAUCAUUAAAGCAGGGUAUGAUAAGAAGGUCAAGCAGCGCCGAUUCCAGAAUGGCGAUCUGGUACUCAAGCGCGCGGAUGCUCUGAAAGCUACCGGGAAAUUUGAAGCUAACUGGGAAGGACCAUAUAUCAUCACCGAAGUCUUAAAAGGCGGAGCCUAUCAUCUGUCCGAUCAAGAGGGGAGAGUUCUCGAGAGGCCGUGGAACAUCAAUCACCUCAAGAAAUUCUAUGUGUGA